UUAUACAUAUAUGCCAGCGACAAUUCCUUUAGAAAUGAUUGAGCUGACGUACGGGACACUGGAAAGGUAUUCAGGCCGUUAGCAACCAAGUUUUGAAACUUAAUAAUUUGAGGAGGAUGCUAUUCACUGUAUUGACUCCUCUAUUGACUUAUAGGGGUUCAUAAUUCGUUUAUUACACCAAGAAUAAUGGAAUUACUUCUGUAUAUAAGUUGUUUCUUUGUUGCUACUGGACUAAUAUAUAUAUUUUUGCUAAUUUGUCAUCACGUCAGCCUAAUUCUUUUUUUGUCCUUCUAAAUAAUAAGGAUGGAUAUAUCUGUCAUCAGACAAUAGAGCAACUCAUGCAAGUAAGUACUCCCUAUCACAAGUGUCAUAUAACAGCUGUUUUUGACAUAAAAAAUUCUAAUGGAAAAUGAAAAUUCCAAGCCAAAAGUAAUAUCAGCUCAAGUGGAAGGAGGAAAAAACUUCAGGAUAACUGAGAAGUGUAUUAUUGUUCAUUAUUAAAAUAGUGAAUAAAAUUGCUUAUCUCCUCGUUUUUUUUUCCUGCGGUUAAAUGAAUGAUUGUUUGAGUUUUACACAAGCCUAUUUUAUUGGAAGUGUUUAAAAGAACUGAUUUUGGAGAGAAAAAAAAUGCAAAAUGGAUAGUGAUUCCUGUAGAAUAACCAAUACUCCACUAUACUCAGAAGAGGCUGAUGAUUUGAAAUGGGUUCCCCUUACACUGACUUUGGUAGAAUACCCGAAAGGUGAUAUUAUAGGAAAGUUCUUGGCUCUCAUAAGCUUAGCCCCGUUUGGCAUCGGUGCCGGAUUUGUGGCUCUGAUAUUAUUUAGAAGAGACCUACAUACUAUAACAUUUUUCUUGGGCACAAUAUGUUCAGAAGCACUCAAUUAUGUUCUUAAACACUUAAUAGCCGAAAAAAGGCCGAUCCAUAGAGAAGAUGUCCAUGUCGAAUAUGGGAUGCCUUCGUCACACUCUCAAUUUGUAUCAUUUUUUGCCACAUAUAUUAUUUAUUUCGUAUUUAUAAGGUUGUAUCAUUUGAACAAUAACACAAUAAUAGAGAAUAUUUCAAAGUUUUUGAUAAUUACAUCGUCCAUGGUGGUAGCAGUGCUAGUGUGUAUCAGUAGGGUAUAUUUACAGUACCACACAUUGUCUCAAGUUCUUUGGGGGAUAAUCGUAGGAUUUUUAUUUGCAACUUUUUGGUUUGCACUGACUUCACUAGUUUUUACCCCGUUGUACCCGCAGAUUGUUACUUGGAGGAUCUCAGAAAUGCUAAUGAUAAGAGACACCACCCUCAUACCGAACGUGUUAUGGUUCGAAUACACGAACACGCGACAAGAGGCGAGGGCCAGAAGUCGAAAACUGGUCAGCCUGAAGUCCCAAUGACAUUUGCUGGACCACAGUUUCAAUUUCGCCCUGCCCCGGGGUGUCAUUAGGUUUCUCAGAAUCCUGCUUCCGUGGCGCAGAAAGAUCUAAGUAACUGCGACGAGUAACUCGACUUGACUGAGAAAAUUGAAACUAUUCCAUAAUGUUAGGUUAGUGUGAAUGUUAUUUUUACGGUACCGCUUCUGUUUACUUGAUUUCCCUUUGACAAGGUUUAACCGAUAAAGAAUAUAGUAUAUGCCAGUUGUUAAAUUGGAAAUUAUAAUUUAAAAUGAAGGCUGUGUUAUUUUACGGUGGCAAAGAAAAGAACUUUUUAAUGGGUAAACUUCCGGUACGUUAAGAUUAAAAAAAAAGCUUCGAUAGUAAUUUAUUUUUGACUAUAAAUUUAGUUCAUAGACGUAUAGUCUUAACCGCCGGUCGAUUAAUGCCUCCUCCCUGUCUUAGUGUGUUUCACAAAAAAAAAGACUACUAGAUUAGGCUUAUUAAAUUUAUCUUAGUAAAUGUAUAGGGUGUCCCAUUUGUUUUUCAUAUAAAAAGAAGUUCAGAAAACCUCGUAAAUUUAGACAAAACUAUCACACUUCGUCGACUCGUAUUUCUACUUAUUGGAACUAACUAAACUUAAUUAACCUCUGAUAAGUCUAAUAAAUUCUUGCAGCAAUUAUAACCCUCCUGUAGACACCAUACAGUACAAAGGUUAAUUUUUCUUACAGUUUUAAUCUAAUGAUCAAAACAAACAGGACAUUCUGUAUACGGGGAGUGUUACUAAACGCGUGUUAAAAAUUGGUAUAAAAAUAGUCUUUUUCUUUUAAAUAAGUUAAUCCGUCAUUAUUAUAUGUAUAUUCUGAUUUCUCAACAGCCGAGGUCAAAAUUGGUAUAUCGUCUGUGAGCCUGCAAUUUCUCCUAACUAAAUUUUACCCAAUUUUUCACAAGAGCCAAAACACUGAUAUUGUGUUAGUUUACUCUCUAAAAAAUCAAAAGUUUUAUUUCCAAAAUAACUAAGUGAACCAAAAAAUAUUGGAUGGCAUUAUAGACUACUUCUUCUACAUUAAAAAAUAUUGUGCUUUUAAUAACGAAACUUAUAAAUAUCAGACCAAUAAAUGAGGGAGACUAUCAUAGAAGUGAUGGACAUCUCGUGGCAAAACACUUUUUAACUCUUGCAAGUGUUUAAAUUUACUUGCAGGAAUUUUACAUUGUUGGGUAUGCAUCUUGGGAUAUUCCAUUAUUACCUCAAGACUUUUCGGCCUCACCGGCAAAGUUUGCCAUUCACGAUCAAAAUCUGUUUUAAUCUGAAUUAGAUUAUCGUAUUUUAUGCACUUUAUGUUAGUAAUUUUAGGAUCAUCUGCAGAUUUUCCUGGGAAGAAUACUUUAAAUGGCCUGCUAGCGAAUAGUUUCUAAAAAUACUAAAAUCCAACUCGACCGCUUCGUAGGGUCUAGGAUUACAUCGUGCUUCUCUAGUAACCGACAAAUAAUCGCUAGGAAGAUGAAUUUCUCGAUUUUGCAGUUUUCGUUCUAUUGUAGAGUGGACUGAGUCACACUCCAUGUAGGUAUGUCCGGAUUUCUGGUAAAUGGUCACUCCAAAUUUAAUGGAAAAGUUUAAAAGAGCAUUCGCCAUUAUGUUGUUUCUAUUUUGAUACGUACAUCCGUCUGAAUAAAUAAUGAUGAGAACGUUUGUUAAAACACAUUUUUUUUCUAAAUAGUCCAACAAGCAUGAAACAAAAGUAGACGCUUUCAACUCGCUGUUUUGGUCUUCAGAAAACCAAUAGCCACAUGCAUCAUGCGUUUUCAUGUUAUAAAUAGUAAAAUUAUGGCAACAUAAUUUUGUCUUAUAGUAAAGAGCAUUGGCCUGCAAGUAUGGAGAUAAUUUGACUGCUUGCAGAUCCAUUGAAAUUAAGAUACAAUUAUCUAAAAGUGCACGAUUUUUCCUGCGAAUAUGCUCUUGAUAGUCACCUUCUGCUAGAUUUCCUUUCUCAUAGGAGGUACAAACGUUACAUUUAUCUUUUUUUAAAGUAUAUAUCGAUAAAUUUAAUUCCUUAAAUCUCCUCGUAAAGUAUUUCCUGGUGACUGAAGUUCAAGUUUUGUUUUAAAUACACUGGCUCCAAAAACAGCUUUUUUGAUUUUUUUCUAUUAUAGUGAGAGGGUAGCUUAGGCAAGGAAUUAAAAAACGUAUCAACGUGCUAUAUAUUUGAAGUGCUGCGUAAAGCAAUUUCUCGCUUUUUAGUUAUUUUACGGCCUUCAUCCUGGUGCAUGCCUGAUUCACUACUGUUCACCCAGUCUUGGACUGUUUUGUAUCCAAGAGCAAGGGUGUUUAGAAACAUUGUGCGACAUACCUGGAGCUUUUUAUUGUCAACAUUUAGGUAAUACACAAAAGUCCCCUGUCGUCGUCUUGAGUUUUCUUGCGUUUUACGUUUCACGGAAAUUUUUUCGACAGUUGAAGCAACGUAAACCUUUUUCUGAUCCCACGACAUUUCGCUCCAAAAGUAAUUAAAAAUUACUUCUCUCUGAGCUUCCGUAAUUUGAAAACAUUUUCUUACUUUUGACUUUCUACAGAAAUUUGAAUUACAUCCACCUUUUAGUUUUCUUUCUCCUCUGUUUUUAUUUUGCUGAUAUUUUCCAUUCUCUUUUGAAAAUCCGACGUAUUUUUUACCUUGCACACGUAAAUUUUUGUUUCUUUCUCUUAUCCAUUGACUUUGAACAGCUGUUAUUCUGCUUUUCCUUUCUCCUGGUGCAUCGAAGUUUUCUUGACCAUCUGGAUUUUCCGGUGCAUCAGCAUUCUCUAUUUCGAAGUUCUGAUUAUUCUCCAUAUCAACGUCCGAGUCAACGUCUGUCUGGACGCCUAAGAGUGAAACGUUCUCAACGUCAACGUAAAUAAACUUAUUUUAUUUUGUCUAACUUACCUUCAUUAUGUCUCCCAACAGUCUCAACUUCUUGGCAGAUUUGUAUUUCUGAGACUUCAUGUUUAUCUGAUAGUAAACUCGCAGCAGAAACACUUUCAUCAGAUGUUGAUGAUAUAUCUGAAGGUACGUAAUCGUCACCUGCGCAUUGUCAGAACUGCAAUUUGUGGCUUUAGAGAAAUCACGACUGUUAUCAGGCGGUUAUAAAGCUCAAAGCAAAAGAACAUUUUAACUAUUGCAGAGGUACCUAUCUUCCACAACCGGAUCUGUGAAUAUGUCGGAAUAACUGUUUUGCAGCACAUCAUCAGUUAUUUGUGCGAAAUCUUCAUAAUAAGGCCCGGAACUAUUUAAAAGCAUUUUAUCGGUAUCUAAAAAGUCAUGAAAAAUUUAUUAAAGAGUUUAUAGUAAUUUUAAUUAUUUUCGAAUAUUUUUCUUAGAUUGUUCCGAUUUUUUUGCCGACAACUGUACUAUUACCAAGCACAACGACACUACUUUGUGGGUUUUCCACUAUAUUUAUUCCUUCAACUUCCAUGGGCGCAUCUCUAAUUAAAUUUAUAUUUCUUGCCAAAUCCAGAACUUUCUUAGAACGACUCAUUUUUUCCUAAAAAAUAAAACAUAAAAUUACUCCUAACUACACACGAAGGCUAUGCCCAUCACUAACGCAAAACCUCCUAUCUACAUCAAAAAAUAUUUCAAUUACUUUUGUAUUUAAAUUUUCCUAAUAUUGAAAGGAAAAACUUACCUAUACAACUAAUACUUCCUAUUUUUAUUAAAAAAACACCUUUGCACAAGUAACUAUUAUCACGAACUAGAAAAAUGAAGCUCAAAUCUGUCGACAACAAGUUCUUGCUCGAAAGCGUGGAUAAACACUGAAGUUAGGAGAAAUUGCGUUCAAAAAACGUGCCAAUUCAUUAGGAGAUAUUGCCACGAGGCAAUUUUACGCGCGAAAAAAUGUUUGACAGUCGAGAGAAAUUGUGAGUUCAUGCGCAGUAACGUAAAGACUGUUGGGUUGCCUAAAAGUCAUUUUUGCUGAAAAUGCUAGUUAGGAGAUAUUGCAGGCUCACGGACGAUAUACAAUCCUUGGUUAUACCUUCUUUACCAAAACUUAUCUUCUCUUAACUGUCGACUAUAACCAUACAAAUUUUUGAUGAAAUUUUUUACAGAGUUCUUCAUUUAAUUCCAUUAUUUUAGGAUUUUUGUAUAAAAUAUGCUGGUUGAAAAAAAAUUUAAGGAUGAGUAAAGUAUGUACCAAAAUAUCUGUAACUAGAGAACUAAGACAGGAUCAUGAAAUUUCAUACUGAGGUUCUUCAUUUAAAUUAAUUGGACCCCUAUUGCAGGAAAAUAUACUGGAAGUGAAGAAAUUAUUAUUAAUUUAAUUAAUGUUGAAUGAAUAGUGAAUGUGUGCUGCCUCGUACUCUUGGCCAAUUUUCUUCUCUACUCCCCAAACAACUCUCCAUCUAGAAACUCAUACAUCAAAGUUUUAUUUAGAACUCGUAUACGAUAAUUGAGUAACGAUCAAUUUCUCUUUUUCAGAAGAAGAAUUAAUUCUUGACCUUCCACGAUCCUUUUGAUCAUUGAUAACAGAAGAACCCCUCUUGUAUAUUUCAGAUCCUUUUCAGCAGUAGAUAGAUACUCAAAAUAAUCACUAAACUCGACAUCUUGAAUUGAAGGAAUGUUUACAUAACUUACUCAGUAGCUGAAUAGAUGGACCUUUUUGGAAUAUUAUGCCAUAAAUUCUUAGAAAUCUGAAUAUACAUUCAUGAUACCCUCUUUGUUACUAUUUAAAAUUACUUAAAUAAAGUAAACAGUGUUUGUUAACUUAAAAUUUUUAAACUAGAGGAGUCAUACGAGUAAGAGAUGCACUAAUUGGCUAAAAAUAAACAGUAAUAAUACAUUUCAACAAUAAUGAAUAAUACUUUACCUGUAUACUGCCCAUUUGUGUUUUCUUUGUUUUGGUAUUAAUAAUUUGUUGAUAUGCGAUGCUUUUAUUUUGUAAAACCUAACCUACUCGAUUAGUGUUUCUCUAGCAUAUAUUUGAAAAAUAAUCAAUCAAUCUUGUUAGACCUUUCUUGAGAGGCUAUUACGCACAAAUAUUAAUAAAAUAAUAGUUGUCGUCUAUUUAUACUAAUUUAUAAGGUUAAUUAAGCUGGUUUUACUUGAGUGAAAUGUUUGAAUAAGUUGAUAUUCUUACCUCUCGAUUCAAUCUUACGUAGGUGGUUCUUCAGCUACUUAAGAAUUCGAUAGUGCUUAGAACUUUUUUUCAAUGAAUUAACAGUGGAAAUCUUCGAAUAAAAUUUAGUAUACAAUAAUAUUCUACUGUAAAAAGUACUUUUCCUUGUCAAUACCACUGGUAAAACAAGCUUAAUACAAACUUCAUAACCCUUUAUUGUUUCCGAUCUCUUUAUAAUAUGAUUAUUUACAAAGCUAGCACAGUUGGCCGUGAAUAAACCUUAAAUAAUAAUAAUUGUUAGUUCAUAUACUCUUUUAACAGAUUAAAACAAUGUCGUAGUAAAUUACGUCUUGUUUAAGCUAAUAUUAAAUUAGUGGUUAAGCUAGACUUACUUACUUUCGGACAGCAAUGCGGUAACAGUGUCAGGUACCGCUGCAAUAGGUUUUAGGCGUAAUAAAAACGUUUGUAUAAUGUAUAAUUUUUUUAAUGUUAAUAAAGUAAGGGAUUUUGGUACUA